AUGGACGAUGAAGAGAACGAGUUGCGAAAUCCCUUUCCGUCGCCGCCGUCACACUACACCAAUUAUACAAGCCACAACCUGAAACUGCUCACUCUCCUUCGCGAACGCGUUGGUGAGGCCGAUCUCAACCAGAUCAAUCAACAGGAGGUUCUCGGCGAUCAGGACGGCGUGCCAGAAUGGCCCCUUGCGCAGCUCGAACCCCCCAGGGUUGACUGGAUACUGCAAGAGGGCGUUUACGAGGUUUUCGGAGAUACAUGGAAAGUCAAUGAGAAGAUUCCUUCCUUGGGUGAGCUGGGGGGAAAUCAAUUGUAUCCUGAAGACCCGGCUGCAGACCGGAGACCAGCACUGUUAUCCAUCUUGGAAUCCACCCUUGUCACGUACUCUGCGCUCGUCAAGUCACUGGUCGCGCCUCCUCCACCUCCAGGAUCUGACGUUCCACCAGAGUGGCAACGCCAUAUAGAAUGGAUCACAGUCCUCGCUCAGAAUAUGAUCGCGGCGACAAAUGACUUGCGACCGGUACAGGCCCGAGCCAACCUAGAGCUCAUGAUGAGGAGACAACUGGAAUUGAGGAAGGAAGAAACCGCCGCCAUCCACGCGAAAUGCCAAGAGCUAGAGGCCAAGCUGGCGGCAUUUUGCAACAUGUCUCCGGAUCUUUCAGCGACAUCAGCAACUGACGUAAGACAUACUGAAGUGGUGAACGGAAUUAUGGCUCGGAAUGAACCUUGGAGUCAAAAUGCGGAUGAAGCGGGCAUUACAACAUCCGACCAUAAGCUCGCGAGUUUGCCUACAGAGGACGUGGUAUCAUUGGAUGACGUACUUCGGUGGGCUGAGGAGAUUGGUUGAAGGACAGAGUAUCAUUAUUCGGUGGAUGUUCCACGGUUCAGCAUAGCCGACACCUUCCUAUGAUGCUUUCUACUUUGCCGUUUUCAGAGUAUCAAUGUACUAGUGCGAGGAGGUCGCGGAG